AUGGUUGUACAAUCAAAGAACAAUGGCGAUAUGUUUUUGCUUGGAAGUUUAAUUUCUGAAUUUACCAUUCCAGUGUUGCGACUCAUGAGCAAGCCACAACCAUUCGAGGAGGCACCACGAUUUAUUCGUGCUCGGCUCUAUCACUACCGUUAUACCCCUUUCAGCGAGAAUGUCAACUGGUGGACACGAGAACUUCAGUAUGAGUAUAUGCCAGUGUUUUCGAGAAAUGAUGAGAUCUUGUUGGAUUAUCUCAAGAGAACUGGACUACUUCUUACGAAGGAAUACUAUUCCCCAGGUCGAUGGUACUUUGGUGGACUGGCUUCCGCUGGGGCGGCUUGCUGCACGCACCCUCUUGACUUGCUAAAGGUGCAUUUGCAAACGCAGCAAGUUGGAAAAAUAUCUCUCACCCAAAUGGCCGUCAAACUUUACCGAACUGACGGCAUCCUCUCUUUUUACAAUGGAUUGUCAGCAUCACUUCUACGUCAGCUUACAUAUUCGACCACGCGAUUUGGAAUGUACGAGACAUUAAAGAAACAGUUCCCUUCAGACCAUCCUUUGCCGUUUUAUCAGAAAGCCUUUCUGGCCGGAAUAUCAGGUGCAUGUGGAGGUUUUGUGGGUACACCUGGAGAUUUGGUUAAUGUGAGGAUGCAGAAUGACGUGAAGCUUCCACCCGCUGAAAGGCGUAAUUAUAAACAUGCUAUCGAUGGAGUCUUUCGAAUUCUUCGUGAAGAAGGAAUAAAACGUCUAUUCGGUGGUCAGUUGUGCAUUAUUUGGAAUUUAGUACUGCAUAUUGUGGUG